CCCUCGAUGUAGCUGUAUCGAUCAUUGUGGACCCACCUUGACAAAAUCGAUGAAAGAUGAGGGCGAGCGUUUGAAGAACUGGCAGCACUGUAGCGAUCAACGGUUUUCUGUAUCUUGAAGUGAAGCGGUAAACAGUUUGGAGCGGGAAUUUUUUGCUGGCCCUACAGAUGGCGAAAAAUCGGCGUUCGCUUGGUUAACAACUGCAGUUUAGCUGGAAAAUGAAGUGCAACGCGUAGACGAUUUGCGAUUUGCGGGAUUAGUUUCAAAGUUUACGCGAUUAAUAUACAUAAAGCAUCAUGUCGAAGCCUGCAAAGGAACAGGUGAAGAUUGCCACCAGAACGGCGCGUCUGAACGGGCUGGUGCUGGGGCGUGCGGCCAGUGACGCGGGCCAUGGCGCGACCGGAAAUGGGAACAUGCAGGUGGCCAUCAGCCGAGAGGGUCUGCUGGAUUCUUUGUUCGUAUUGUACGACGAAUGCAGCAAGGAUGCGCUUAGAAAGAAGGACAAGAAUAUAGCGGACUUUGUGAAAAAAUAUCGUCCCAUCAUCAAAGAAACCCGCGCUUUGCGUGUCAACGAAAAUGAUUUCGAAGUGAAGUGCUUAAUUGGGAAAGGAUACUUUGGCGAAGUGCAUCUUGUGACCGACCGCACGACGGGCAAUGUGUAUGCCAUGAAAAAGAUGCGCAAACAUGCUAUCACAGCAGCACAAGUACGCGAAGAGCGUGAUAUCAUGGCCAUUAGACGCUCGGAAUGGAUUACGCAGCUGAAGUACGCCUUCCAGAACCCGGAGUGCUUGUAUCUGGUGAUGGAGUACCUGCCAGGAGGCGAUCUGCUCAGCUUAAUGAUGCGUACUGGUGUCUUCGACGAGGAAUUGGCACAGUUUUACCUUGCCGAACUAACGGCAGCACUGCAUAGCUUGCACGAGCUUGGGUACGUGCACCGUGACAUCAAGCCAGAAAAUAUUCUGCUCGAUCGUUUCGGACAUUUGAAGCUGGCCGAUUUCGGCAAUGCUACAGUGAUCAACGAAGACGGAAGCGUCACCAGUAUGACACCGGUUGGGACGCCGGAUUACAUCGCACCCGAGUUACUGCAGACGCUCUCGACUAUCAGUCGAUCGGCAAACUUGAGCAAGCAUGAUGUAACGUGUGACUUUUGGUCGAUGGGUAUCAUUGGGUAUGAGUUCGUUGCCGAAGAAACACCAUUUCACGGAGAGAACGUUAACGAAACGUACUCAAAAAUCAUGGCACACUGUGAGGGUAUGAUUACGAAGAAGCUCGUUUAUCCGCGGCACGUUGCCAUUUCCACGCAAUACCGCGAUCUUCUCGAUCGGCUGGUAACGAGCGUUGGCAAUCGGAUGUCGUACGCCGAAAUCGUGCGCCACCCAUUCUUCGGGGAUCUGGAUUGGGAUCGGCUCCGCUUCAUGAUUCCACCUAUCAUACCGACCGUGACUGGUGACGAUGAUACAUCCAAUUUUGAGGAUGUCGGCAAACGGCGUUCGAUUUCCAACAAAAAGCCCACUUACAAUCUGGGCAGCGUGAACGAUUUCUCCGGAAUGGAUUUGCCGUUCCUGGGAUACAGUUAUGUGCACGAAGAUGAAUCGGACGCAGCCGGGAUCUAUCGCGACACCGGCGAGCACAUGUCAGCAGCUCGUUUGGCCGCAAAGUCUAAGGAUCAAGAACGGCGCCUGAAGGAGCAGAGCGCUGAAAUCCAUCGACUGCAACGUGAGCUGCUGGAGCGUGAUCGUAAGAUCGCCACCGUCGCAGUGCGUGGCAAGAUGCUGGAUGAAACCAAGAAGGAGCUCGAAAGCAUGAAGAAUCUGCUAAAGGAAAAGACUGCUGAGCUCGCGUCUAGCCGCACGGAACUCAAAACUUUGCGUAACAGCCAAAAGAUUGAGAAAGAGCAACGAGCUAAAAACGACGCUGCAAUCGCGGAGAUGGUGAGCAUGAACCGCAAAAAGUGGGAAAAGGCUAAGCAGGCUUCGGAUCAGAAAUAUGAGCAAAAGUUGGCAGAAAAAAUGGCCGAAUUGGCAUCCAUCAAAGAGCAGAUGGAUAGCGUGAAGGGUGAAUUAAAGUCCAAGUUGAACGAAUGUAACCAUCUUCAAGCGUCCGUAGAGAACUAUAAAGAUCUAUUGAAGAGGUCCAAGGAAAAGCUGCAGAUCGAUAAGGAGAACAUUGAACGUGGACAUCAAGAGCUAAAUUCAACAUACGAAUCUAAGAUCAACGAACUGCGAGGCAGGUGGAAGUCGGAGAAGGAGCAACGCACCAGGUUGGAAUCGGAAAUUCGUGAGCUACGCGACCAAUUGCAGGAAGAAGCUUCGAGGGCCAAGUUUGCAGAGGAAACGCAGCACAAGCAAGCGGAAAACAUGAAGCGCCGUUUAACGAUGCAGAUCGAACAGAACAACAUGAUCCGCGAAGCCAAACAGUACUCCGAUAAGAUGAGUGAGGCGGCACAUAAAAAGUAUGACGAUUUGCGAUCCAUAAUUAACAAGAUGCAGGACCCGACACC